GUCCGUCAAGGUUGCCCGAAGCCUCAAUACUCAGGGAUCGCAGCAAUGAAGGGAGUGAUCGCGUUUGCUGCUUUGACUUUGCUGUUGGCAGCUAUUCCUGCACACACUUUGACACCAACUCCAAUUGAUGCGCAGCCAUAUGGCCCGGUGGCUGCCAGCGGUGUCCCGGCAGCUGCCGCCACCUGCAAGGCUGCCCUGGACGCUGCAGCAAAGGCCCUCACAGCUUCCAAUGGAGACUUCACCACAGUAGCCCAGCCCGCCGGGGCCACAGCUGACAACAACGAGUACCUGUACUGCUACACCGUGCCGGACGCUGGUUUGGAUGUGGGCAGUCAGACCCUCACAGUCUUCCCUGUACCUGAUCUGCAGGGCAAGAGGCUGACUCAGUUGCUGGACAGCACUGCCUACCCUCAGGUGCCUUCCUUCAUGUCAAUCGUGCUGGCCAUUGCCCAGAUGCUGACUGAGAAUGGCCAGUAUGCCGUCACCUACUACAACUGGGACCUAGCAAAAGCCACUACCAAGACUCCGACAACCAUCAAGUACGACCUGAUUGAGAAGAUUGUGGUUGGUGCCAACAACUAUGCAUGCGGCUGCGGCUACAAAGUCGCCACCGUGGGCUCUUACGGAAUCUGAAGCUCCCUGUCUCCCGGCUCCUGCUGUAGCCCUGUGCACCUGCCAUGCGCAUGCAUGCGCGUACGCACAUGAAGCAUGCGCACGAGCUGCGCAUGCGCAGUGCACAGCUCGUGCUGCGUUGAAGCAGAGAGGAGCGAGUUUCUGCAAUAAGAAGAAGCGCACACAAAUGAAACGCGACAACAGAUGCGAUGCAAUAUGUUGCCUCGUGAAGUGAAGUACCUCUGUCCGUCAGCAAAAUUCUGAAGUCAUCAGCACUGCUCAAGCUGGUCUGGUCAGCUUGCUGGUCUUUGGCUUUGGUUGCAAAGCUGUUUUGAAUGUUUUUGAGUGUCGUGCUGUGAUUACAGAAGCACUUGAACCACAGAGGCAAGCCGUGCAGAGGCUGCCAGAAUUUUGGGAUGUCCAUCACUGACUAGAUGGAAAUUUGAAGGGGUGUUAUCACAUUCCCACUGCAGGUCGAAGAAUUGCAAUUAUUUAGCAAAUGUCUGUCGCAUAUAUUUGAGGAGUUAUCCUUACUGUCUGUUGAGUCUCAUAUGUCGAGUGUGUCAGAUUAUUUAGUAGAUAUGCAGCUGCAAAUGGAAGCAUGCUUUGAGUUCUUGCUGAUUCAUGUUGGGUGAGUAAAUUGAUAUCUUUGAGACACUCGUCACGAUCACGACAAGAAAAGUAUUUUGUAUUU